UCACCUGAGUGUUUUGUUGAGUGUUUGUGCGUCAGGAUCCGCGAAGUUUUAUUUUGGAUCGCCUUAUCGGCUGAUUGCGAAAUCCGUACUAUAUACGGGUAAAUUCCGGACCAACUGUAGCCAAAACGUCUUUCAGCAGGAUGGCUUUCUCAAUUAGCAACUACGAUUACGAGUGUACGCGCAAGUGCCACCUGUCGCUCCACGGCAACGCAAUCACAGCGGCCCUGACGAAGAAAUCCGUCUCCGACGAGCUGCUGGCGGCUUACGUGGCCAAGGUUUGCCGGAACUUUGCGGAUAUACUGGACGAUCAGGGGAGAAGUGGCCUUCAUUUGGCCGCUUCGGUGGGUCGAUAUGCAAUCGCCGAAUGGUUGCUCAACAACAAGGCCAGUAUGGUGCUGAAGGAUUGUGAAUCCGGUCACACAGCUCUGCACCGGGCAAUGUACUACGGCUGUGUUGGCGUGGCCGUUCUAUUACUGAAACAGGGCGCCGUUAUUGAUGUGCCGGACGAGGACUUUGUCAAUCCAUUGCAGUUGUGCAGCAACAUCCCGAAGCACAAGGAUAGUGGCAUCGGCGAUGAAAUAGUGGUAUGGGGAAAAAACAGAAACUACAACCUCGGAAUCGGAAAUGUCGAAGGCAGGGACAUACCGGAUUGCAUCGAUUACUUUCGAAAGCAUCGAAUUACGAUUGCGAAGAUGUCAAUUAACUGCUACCACAGCGUAUUUCUGGCCAAAAAUGGAGAUGUGUACGCCACGGGGCAUGGCCGAGGUGGACGGUUGGGAAAUGGAACAGAAAACACAGUUGUGUUCCCAAUUAAAGUAACCGUUAGCAUGCGAAGCAUUGAUGAGCGAAUAAUAGACGUCAGCACUGGUAGACAUCACACACUGCUGUUAUCCGACCAUAAUUGUAUUUACUCCAGUGGGGAGAACACUCACUGCCAAUUAGGAAUUAAACCACCCCCGGAAAAGCAGUUAACCUUCAAGGAAAUUGGAGGAUUGCACAACUUUGCAGAUAAGCGGAUUAAGCGAAUAAUAGCCAAAGACUUUCAUUCCAUUGCGGUUUGCGAAGCAACCGUGUUUGUGUGGGGUCUCAACGGAGGCCAAUUCGGUAUGAAGAAAGAGGUGAACCCAGUGCUGCUUCCUAAAGCGCUUCCUUUGGAUAUCGAACAAGGCAAAGACAAACUAACAAAUGUAGACACCACGAUAAAGCUAGUCGAAUCGAGUAAUGCAGCAAUAGUAGUUUACACCAAGUCCAACUAUUUGUACAUAUUUAAUACUUUUAAACGAAGGACUUACAAGAAUCCUCUGAUGGAGAAAUUUGAAUGCAUCUCCGUUUCUGGUGGGGAGCUCGCCACCAAGAAGGAAGACCUCUCGAAGCAGACGAAGCAGCUCAGGAUAUUGGCCUUCACGAUUUCCAGAAAUAUCUACAUUUGGUACGAAGACUGUCAGCAGUUUGUGAGAUGUGUUUUUGCCCAGUCGAGAAAUCUGGAGAUCGAGAAGAUCGUUUGGUGCAAUAAUAAUGCCCUGGUUCUUCUGUUGGGCAACUUGUACUAUGGAACCAUAACUCACAAACUGAACGCCCAGGCUGUUACUCAAAUGAGCGAGUACACCGAGACGUAUGCUAAGAAGGAGAUGAGCACCACCAGCAAGACGAGGAUAGAGCUAAAGCGGAUAAAGAAUUUGAACAACGUGACGGAUUUUGUGUGCGACAAUGAUGGUGAGAAUUUUGCCGCUCUGCUGGAAAACUCUCGUCGUUGCUUCCAAGUGCCGAAACAGUAUGAGUCAAAUUACGACUUUGGUAAUCUUCUAGCCGAGGCACAUGAAAUGGACGGAGUUCACGACUUGGUAUUCGUGGUAGACUACCAAUCCUUCCCGGUUCACAAGUUUAUUAUUUACCACCGUUGUCGGCAUUUACGUAGACUAGCCGAAAAACAACCCACCGAGCAGCAGAUCCAUCUCAAAGGGUACGAAGGGCUUACGGUAUCCAUCUUUGAGUUGAUUCUCCGUUAUAUCUACACGAAUGAAGUUGUGUCAAGGGCUGAUGUCGAAAAGCUUAUCAAACAAUUGCACCCAGGAUGUGCAAUCGAUGAGCAGAGCACGAGUGAAAUGGUUACACGUUUGCGAAAAGUGUUCAAACAACUAGAGAUAGGGACGCUAAAUGAAUCGUUGAAAAGCUUAUCCGAGGAACCAGUGCUAGAGGAUUUUCCGAAACUGUUGCGUGAUUCUUAUCCAGAGCUUCGAGACGUAACCAUUCGACUGCAAGACAAUCAGGAGAUUAAAGCCCACAAGUGCGUUCUGAUGGCCCGGCUCGAGUAUUUCAAUAUGAUGUUCAGUCAUACCUGGACGGAGAGCAAAACCGUUAAUCUGAACACUAUCCCGAUGGAGUACAUGGAACCGAUUGUGGAUUUUCUAUACAAUAAUGACUACCAAAAAAUUCGCGAUCAGAAAUAUUCUGAAUCCUUCCUUUUCAACAUGGUCGUUAUUUGCGAUCAGUUUUUCAUCGAAGAACUGAAAUGCCUAUUCGAAGCUAUAAUCGCUGAUCGAAUCAAUCUGAAAAAUGUUGGUGAACUCCUCGACUACGCCUUCCAAUACAAUUGUGAAGUGCUGAAAAACAUCUGCAUGCAAUACAUCAGUGUGAACCUCGCCAAACUAUUGGAGCAGCGUUCGCUGGACUGCCUUGAACCUGCAAUCCUUACACAAAUCGACAAAUUCUACAAAGAAUUUUACAAUCUUGCUGCGUACCGGACAAUAACUCCAUCAGCUGAAGCAAUUUCGGAUGAAGAGAUGGCACUAUUCGUUGGAGAUUUCCACGUCGAUCUGACUGCCAAGAUGAACGAAACUAGCUUGAAAAGCAAAACCCCCAAAGGCAAAAUUACCCCGAAAAGUACAAAGCUCCAACAAGAAAAACGAAAUUAUGAGAAAGAGGCCAUGAGUUACAUCAGGGAUCUAACUUUUCAGGAAUCUCCCGUACCAAAAAUGGAGGAAAAAGAAAAUUGCAAUGGAGUGAAUAGCCACCAACCAAUCCAAGAGAAUGGAGUCAAAAGUUGGCACAAAGUCGUAGAUCCCAAAAGGAAAUCCAUACCGGCCGCUUUAAAAGCCAACGAAAUCGUUAAAAACGAAAGCAAGGUGACAGAAAAUUUUUCCAAUCUCAGAUCUCUGUUGGAUAAAGGUACAUCCCCCGUGAAAGACUUACCAUCUCCUGCCACUUCAGACAAGAAAGAUGAAGGCUACGACUCCGGCUACAAUAGCACCCGCAUGACAACUUUCAACCUCAGCGAUUUUGCCAUCCAAAAACCUAAACUCUCCCAAAAGCAGCGCAAGCGUCUUUCCUCUACAUCAGAAAAACCAAAAGAACUGAUACCGGUUCCCUCGCCGGAUACAACACCGACAAAUCCAUGGAAAAAUGUAACAAAUUCCGCCGCCGACAUGUUCAAAUCGGAACCAAUCGCCAUACCGUCGACGCGCGGCAAUCGAAAGAUUAGUAACGGGAGCUACGAGCUCGUAUCGCCUCUUACCGGAUCCUACGUGCCAGCAAACAACCAUCUAUCAUCCUCCCCGAAGGUUACCACCGAAAACAAACCGGACAAGGCUCAGAAGGAGUUUAGUAAAAUCCUUGAAGACGAACGCAAACAGAAGCAGUACUAUGAGAAAAUCAAAUGCAAAUCGUUGGUGCACACACAGAUCGAGGAGCGAGCCAUCGAGGAACUUCGACGGUUCUACAACGUAGAAAGCGUCUUCGAUGAGCACAUUGUCGUGGAAAGGUACCGGCCCAAGUCGGACACGGCUGUAAAUUUUGCCGUUUGGCAGUACCAAUGAGUGGAAUGACCGACUGAGUAAUGCGCUAUUGAGGGGCAAAACAAAGUUUUGAAUUGGUGUUGUGUGUUUUAGGCUAGAAUGCAUGUCUUAUUAGGAAUAAGACAGAAUAUGACUAUUACGCUGAAUAAAGUUGAACUUUUUAUUAAGUAGGAACCUAAUUGAUGCCUAA